UUUUCUUUCUCAGAUCCAGCGAGCUCCUCUUUCCUCUCCCCCUCUCCAUUUCUCUCAUUUUUGGGCCCUCGUCUUCAGAUCUCGAUUCAAUUAGGGUUUCUUGUUGGAUCUGAUCUCGUAGUCGAAGGAAUCUCGCGCGAAAGAGAGGAGAACAGCAGCAAUGAAUCCGUUCAGCUCGGGCACUCGCUUGAGGGAUAUGAUUCGUGCUAUACGUGCAUGCAAAACUGCCGCAGAAGAACGUGCUGUUGUCAGAAAAGAGUGUGCAGCUAUACGUGCUGCUGUCAGUGAAAAUGAUCAAGAUUACAGGCAUCGUAACCUGGCAAAACUCAUGUUCAUUCACAUGCUUGGUUAUCCUACUCAUUUUGGUCAAAUGGAAUGUCUUAAGUUAAUUGCUUCUGCUGGUUUUCCUGAGAAACGUAUAGGAUAUCUUGGUCUUAUGCUGCUUCUCGAUGAAAGACAAGAAGUGCUUAUGCUGGUUACAAAUUCUUUGAAACAAGAUCUCAACCAUUCCAACCAGUAUAUUGUUGGACUUGCUCUUUGUGCUCUAGGGAAUAUUUGCUCAGCAGAGAUGGCACGGGAUCUUGCUCCCGAAGUGGAAAGGCUAUUGCUAAGUAGAGAUCCAAACAUUAAGAAAAAAGCUGCAUUAUGCUCUAUAAGGAUUAUAAGAAAAGUUCCAGAUUUGGCAGAAAACUUUAUGAGUCCUGCUGGUGGUUUACUUAAGGAAAAACAUCAUGGAGUUCUUAUAUCAGGAGUUCAGCUCUGUACAGAUUUGUGCAAAGUCAGCACAGAGGCUCUAGAAUAUUUAAGAAAGAACUGCACAGAGGGUUUGGUGCGGAUACUGAGGGAUGUGUCAAAUAGUCCAUACGCACCUGAGUACGAUAUUUCCGGGAUUACAGAUCCUUUUCUACAUAUUCGAGUGCUUAAGCUCAUGAGGAUGUUGGGCCAAGGAGAUGCAGAUUCCAGUGAAUAUAUGAAUGAUAUUCUUGCCCAGGUAGCUACAAAGACGGAGUCAAACAAGAUUGCUGGGAAUGCGAUUCUUUAUGAAUGUGUUGAAACAAUAAUGGGUAUAGAAGCUACCAGUGGGCUGAGGGUUCUGGCAAUCAACAUACUGGGGAGAUUUUUGUCAAAUCGGGACAAUAAUAUAAGAUAUGUUGCACUCAACAUGCUAAUGAAGGCUGUAGCGGUCGACUCUCAAGCAGUACAGCGGCAUAGAGUGACCAUUCUUGAAUGUGUCAAGGACUCUGAUGCAUCAAUACGGAAAAGAGCACUUGAACUAGUAUUUCUUUUAGUUAAUGAUACCAAUGUGAAGCAGUUGACAAAAGAACUUAUCGACUAUCUGGAAGUUAGUGAUCAAGAGUUCAAACCGGAACUUAGUGCAAAAAUCUGUUCAAUUGUUGAAAAGUUCUCUCCUGAGAAGCUAUGGUAUAUUGACCAAAUGCUAAAGGUUCUAUGUGAGGCUGGAAAUUAUGUUAAAGAUGAUGUGUGGCAUGCACUUAUAGUUGUGAUAAGCAAUGCGCCUGAUCUCCAAGGAUACACCGUCAGAUCACUUUAUAGGGCAUUCCAAGCAUCAUCUGAACAGGAAAGCUUAGUCCGAGUAGCCGUGUGGUGUAUUGGUGAAUAUGGGGAGAUGCUGGUUAAUAGUUCUGGAAUGCUGGAAGGCGAGGAACCAAUGACAGUGACAGAGUCAGAUGCUGUAGAUUUGUUAGAGGUUGCCCUGAAGCGUCAUUCUUCAGAUAUUACGACUCAAGCAAUGUGUCUGAUUGCACUUUUGAAGCUUUCAUCUCGUUUUCCCCUUGUCUCAGAGAGAAUCAGGGAGCUAAUUGUGCAGCAAAAAGGAAGCCUUCUGCUAGAACUACAGCAAAGAUCAAUUGAGUUCAACUCAAUUAUACAGAAACAUCAGGGCAUAAAAUCUUCUUUGGUAGAACGCAUGCCAGUUCUCGAUGAGGCAGCUUAUAUCGCAAAGAGAGCUGGCUCGUCUCAGGAGGCCCUUUCUGCCAAUAAAACGACCAAAUCAGCCUCAUCUGGAACACCACUUAAUGUUCCAAAUGGUGUGGUGAAGCCACCGGCUGCUCCUUUGGUGGAUUUGCUCGAUUUGAGUUCUGAUGAUGCUCCAGUUUCUAGUUCGUCCACUACUGAUUUUCUACAUGAUCUCUUGGGUGUUGAUUUGACAAGUACUUCAUCAGGUGCUGCUCCGGUUGGGGGAUCAGAUAUUUUAAUGGAUCUUUUAUCAAUUGGAACAUCUCCACCUCAGAAUAAUGCACCAAUGCCAAACAAUGGUUCUAGUAACCAAGGUAAUAGUGGAUCGGUUGCUCCACUUGAGGGAUUGUUGACAGCUCCGUCUUCAGCUUUUUCAAUGGAUUCCCAAGCAUCAAAUUCGGAUCCUACAAAAGGGAUUAUACAACAAAGUAAACCUCCUCAACCUGCUUCUCCAGUAAUGGAUUUGCUGGAUGGGUUGUCAUCUCCUGUUUUGGCGCCAGCAGCAGAAAAUCCAGCUUUUCCCUCCAUUACUGCUUUUGAGAAUAGUGCAUUGAAGAUUAUGUUCAGCUUUACAAAACCGCCAGGAAAACCAUAUGUUACAGCGAUCAAUGCUACUUUUACAAAUAUGUCAGCUAAUGUAUACACCGAUUUUAUUUUUCAAGCAGCUGUUCCCAAGUUUGUUCAGUUGCAUCUGGAUCCAGCCAGCAGCAGCACUCUCCCUGCCAGUGGCACUGGGUCCAUUACACAAACCCUAACUGUAACAAAUAGCCAGCAUGGUCAGAAAGCACUUGCCAUGAGAAUACGGGUAGCGUAUAAAGUGGAUAACCAAGAUAAGCUGGAACAAGGGCAAGUCAGCAACUUCCCUCCUGGUUUGUGACAAAGUUAAACAUAUAGAUUCCGAUCGAGCUGAAUCAGAUUGUGGUGGUAUCUUUUUCCCCCCUAUUCUUCGGUUAGAGGGGAAUUCUUUUCUUUUCCUUCUUUCCUCUCUCUCUCUCUCUAUCUUCGUCUCUCUCUUCUUGUUGAGUCAGAUUAGACGUUUCAGCUUCAGCUUUUUUAUUGCAAUUGGCAUCGAAGUGCAGUUGGUUUUUAUUGGGGGAGAAGGAAAAUAGAAAACUAGUAGCUGCAUCCUGUAAUUUUUGUAUGUUUAUAAAUGAGAUUUUGAUGUUUUGUGUGAGUUGAUUCUUCCUCGAGGCAAAUAGUAGCUUUGUUACUAUAGAAUGUAAAAGGUGGGCAUUUAGUUAUUCUGAAAAUGUAUUAAUUGUAUUCUUGCACCAUUUAUAUUUUAUGAUAUAGGGAAUGUUUUGAUUGUGAUGAAA